CAUGUGCUUAUGAACCAUAUAUCCAUUUAAAACACUUCUCUUCCUCAUGGCCAUUAAGGGCAUAAAUCACAUCUCCCCUUUCUUCCUCUACCCUAGCCUCGUUUACAUUGCUAUAUCAUUUUCCUUUAUCUUCUUCCUCAUCUAUAAGAAAAAACUAAGCAAAUCCAACUUUCCUCCGGGAAGUACAGGAUGGCCGAUCAUCGGAGAAACUUUGGCUUUUGCCUUUGCUACAUGGCGUGGAACCCCAGAAAAGUUUGUCAAUGAUAGAAAAACAAAGUACAAAUCCGAUAUUUUCCAAACAUCACUUCUUGGUGAUCGUAUGGUUGUUUUCUGCGGUGCAUCGGCAAACAAAUUUCUUUUCACCACCGGCAAUCAGAAUCUCACCGUUUGGCUGCCCCGCUCAAUAAAGGAAACCACCGUCUACCCUGAAACUCUGGAAAAGAAUUCCAUGGGAGAUUCUGCUUAUUUGCUUCAAGCAAGCAGGUUCAUACGUGACGGUCUCACAGCAGAAACCCUAAAAUAUUAUAUUCCAUUGAUGGAUUCUAUGGCUCAAGAUCAUCUGCAGCAAAGUUGGUUUCCUCACAAACAAGUUAAAGUUGUUCAGUUAACUAAAAUCUUCAUAUUUUCACUAGCUUGUAGAUUGUUUCUGAACAUAACCGAUCCUCAGCUUGUCAAAAGACUUUUUGAUCCAUUCCCUGUUCUUGUUACGGGAAUCGUAUCCGUGCCUGUAAAUCUUCCCGGGACAGCGUUUAAUAAAGCUGUAAAAAGCGGGAAGAAAAUCCGCGACGAGCUUUUAGCUUAUAUUAAAAAGAGAAGGAUAGAGAUAAACAAAGAUAUAAAUCAAGAAUAUAAGGACUUAUUGUCAAGAGCCCUAAUUGCAUUAGGUGAUGGUGAUGGAGAUGGAAAGGAUUUAGAAGAAAAGGAGAUUGUUAAUUACAUUAUGGCAUUACUUGUUGCAAGCUACGAUACAACAAGUACUUCACUCACUUUUUUAGUGAAUUAUCUUGCUGAAUAUCCCCACGUUUACAAAGAGGUCUUGAGAGAACAAAUGGAAAUUGCAAAAUCAAAAGGUCCAGGAGAGCUAUUGAAUUGGGGAGACAUUCAAAAGAUGAAGUACAGCUGGCGUGCUUGUUGCGAGUCAAUGAGGCUAUCACCUCCUGCUCAAGGGGCCUUUCGAGAGGUUACAAAUGACUUCACUUUUUUAGGGUUUACUAUUCCUAAGGGAUGGAAGUUACAUUGGACUGUAUAUUCAACACAUAAAGAUCCAAAAUAUUUUCCAAAUCCAGAAAAAUUUGAUCCAUCAAGAUUUGAAGGGAAUGGUCCUGAACCAUAUAGUUUUGUACCAUUUGGAGGAGGUCCUAGAAUGUGCCCGGGCAAAGAAUAUGCUCGCUUUGAGAUACUUGUUUUCAUUCAUAAUUUGGUCACCAAAUUUGAAUGGGAGAAAAUUAUUCCAGAUGAAAAGAUCAUUUACACCCCAUUUGCUACGCCGGCUAAUGGCCUUCCAGUUCGCCUCCACCCUCAUCAUCAACACUCAGUUUAAUCCCGAAGUUAUUUAAAUUCUCGUUUUCUUUUUACAAUUUUGUGAUUACAUUUUAAUUUGUUUCUUUUUAGUAUUUAAAUUUUAAUUUUAUUUCAACGAGAGAUUUUUGGUCAAAAUUAUAGACACAGCUGCCAAAUUUAUUUAUUUUUACUAGAAAGCUUCUCAUAUAUGUAUAAUUCGAUCUAAAAGAUCACAUCCAAAAUAAAAUUAUACAUACAUGACGAGUUCUCAAAAAAAAAUGUUAAAAUCCAAUUGUUAUGUGGUAAAAUUUGGCUGUUAUGGAUGUAUUUUGCUGGAAAAAUCUUCAUUUGAAAUAUAAUUAAAAUUUAGUAACCGAAAUGAAACAAAUUAAAGUAAAUCAUCAAAAUGAAAAAGAAAGUAAUAAUUUAGAUGCCGUCAGAAUCAAUUAACCUGAAGGCUUAUUUUCAUUAUUUGUGUGUAGAAUCAAUUAUCAUGAAGACUUACUUUCAUUAUUUGUGUGUGAUUAAUAAUGGAAUUUAAUUACAGUUUGAGUGA